AUAUUCAGUUCAACAAAAACAAGCAAGCGGUCUGGAAGCAUACUCGCCGUGCUCGUGCUGUCGCUCCGUAUCACGCGAGACCACUUUUCGGGAACACGGAACACACGUGUCGGCACUCCGAUUUGGAAAAUUCGAAUUCGUUAACUGUAUACGGAAAAGUGUUUAUAUUUGUGAGUCCACUGCGUAUAGAAACAUAUGUCAGUGAUAUGUUGUCAGUGAGUCGCAAAAAAGCAACAAAAGUGAAUUAGAAAUUCACAGUCUACGAGUGACAUCCCGUCGGUUUAAAUCGCCCGUACCGGACACUCUGCAGUUCCGAAAGUUGUGCAAAGACGGACGUGCAGUCCCGAGCUGCAUCCGUCAUUCGGCGUGCAAGACGUCAUCAAAGGAACUCGGUUGUCUCGUGUCACAGGCAAAAAGGAAAGGAGGACAAACCGUCAACGCGCGUUGUCGGUGUGAGUGACGGCUCGUCAAACGGUGUGCAUCGGUGUGUGGCGCUAGUGCGAGAAAGAGCAAGCCGCGCGUUCGUGUUUAUGUAUGCGCAGCAGGAGAAAGAGGAGAGGAAACCCGAAGCUACACGAGCUCGUGUGAGUGUGUGUGUGUGUGUGCUCAAGUGAGUAGAGUGAAAGAGUGAGAAACAACCCGCCCCACGCGCGUGAGAAAGAAAGAGAACGCGACUGGCCGUGCGCAUUCGCCUACUGCGCUAGUGUGCGUUCGUCCUUAUGUGUCACUCGGUGUGAUAUCCACCACGAGAUGUCACAGAUGUGAUAGGUGUUCGUUGCGUACACGGGACAGCAGCAUAACCGCGUCGAAAGGCAGCCGUCUGUCUGUCCGCCGUCAGCUUCCGUCAGUCAAAAGUCGUCGGGUAGCGGAAACACAACACGACCGACAGCCCGAACAUUUUGCUCUCCUUUCGGCCAUAGCCGUAUCCUAUCGGCCCCGGGACACAUUUCGAGCACGAGCUUUCGGAACCCGACUCGUCAGCAUCCAGCAUUUCGGAAACAACCAACGCUCCGUCAGUUGACACUAACGGCAUCUCGGGACGGGAGCCCGCAACCAAACAACGCUUAGUUCAAACGGGGGUGUUGCGCGCGUGUUAUGAUAUUUCAUUCCGGAACAGUUUCUGGGUGACUUGUUUCCUAUCAUUUCGGCGAGACUGAAUUGCGUGAGUUGGUAGUUUGUGAUUGUGCAGUUUUCGUAUGAGUGUACGCAAUGCAACAUACCACAAAACAAUGGUGAAAUGCAAAUGGUAACAGUUUGCACCCCAGCGACGGUGCAACCGAAGCCGACACGGCAGCUGGUGUACGGAUCGUCUCGAUCGAGCCCACGCCGCCGCACGAUCGAGGAUGAGUUCGAGAAGACACAAACCCAACAACACCCAGAACGUUGUGCUAGCGAGGCGUGUGCAGACGGCACGCAGUGGUUCGGUGUGUGCGCGACCUAAGUGAAACGGCUCCCAGGUUACGCGGUGCCGAAGAUGGCGAAAACAUAAAUAAUGCACAACCAUACGGCAACUAUACGGCGCUAUACGAAUCUACCGGUUAGGCAAAGCAUGAGUGAAACAAGUGUUUGUGAUACGGCGUGAUGCAAAGUGUCAGCAAAAAUAUACGAAGAGUACGAAGCAACAUACAUGAUAUACGCACGCAGAUACCGCCACGAUACGAAUUAUACGAAGAAACAAAUGCAUUGCAUUCAAGCACAUCUAGCAUCAUAGUCAAUCGCAGUUCCGAUGUUUUGAAUCGAUUGGAGAAGAGAAUCGGCGACACUUUUGAAAUUCGCGUUUCGCGUAAACCCACGUAUACGGUAUUUAUUUGUUUUGAUUUUUGUGUUACUUUGUGUGUGUGUGUCACACUCGCCCAUGCCAACCCUGCGAGUGACUAGUGUAAAACCCAACCAAUCGGUGUAAUCGGUGUAAUAUCGGUGGUGAUCGCGCGAAGAACCACCACAUCUUUUGAAACAGUUUCGGACGUGUGAAAACCCUGUGUGUAACCCUGCGUGUGCUACCAACGAGCGUAGGGGCAACGACGACGAUCACGCGCGCAUAUAUCCUUUAGGGAAAAUCAUCGCCGGAAGCAGUACACCUGUUUCUGGUCGCACACCGUUUUAAGUAAAGUUUCAAAAAUUGAUAACCAAAAUCUUCCAUCGAUGAUGCUCCACGAGGCAGUGAUGUUGGAAAUCUACCGACAGGCCCUUCACGCUAGUGAAAUGGCCAGCCCUAGAUGCCAAUCGAGGGAAUCGUCGUCGGGUGGUGGGCGCUGUCCAUCGGAUGAGUCCAUCCGCUCGGAGGGGGAUCGUGAGGAGCAGGGCGCGGGUAACAACCUGAGCCCGGUUUCGAUCACGCUUCCGCCGACGUUACCACCGGCCGCUGCAGCCGCCCUCCUGCCUCAGCAUUCGGCCGCCAUGGCGGCGUAUCUCAACGCAGCAGUUGCAGCACAACAGAACCGGCUGCUGCUGAGUUCGCCGCUAGCCGCAGGUCUCGCCUCGGUUCGGAAUGGCUCGCCACCCGUACUACCUCUACGGUCACCGACGGACGAGAACGACGACGCAACGGUGCUGGACUUUAGCAAGAAGCGAGGCUCCGGUGGCGGCGGUGGCGACGAUGACGACGAGGACGACGACGAGGACGACGACGGCGGUGAAGGUGGUGGAGCAGGGGGAGCGGGAGGACGCGGCAGCCGUGGUGGAGAGGGUGACGGUGAUGGAGACGGUGGUAGUGAUUGCGGUGAUGCGGUCAAUCUCAGCCAAAAGUCAGGCAUCGGUGACAACAGCCCGCUCGAUCUGUCUGUAAGCCAUCGGAAGCGGACAGGCGAUGAGGAAGGAGCGUCACCACCGCCUCGCAAAACUACCCGUUCGCUCGACUACAAACCAGCCAUCGUAACGCCCUGGAGCACUCCGGUCACUCCGCAGCUACCUUAUCUGGCUGCGGCAGCAGUAGCAGCUGCUGGUCUUUCGCCGAAGAACAAUCACCACCAGCAUGCUAUGCACGCGGACAGUUGGAACGGUAAGCACAAAUCGGUCGCAGCUGCUGCAGCAGCCGCUGCGGCCGCUGCCGCCGUCACCAACGAUGCGACGAAGGCGCUGGAAAAGAUGUCGGAGCUGAGCCGUUUGGGCGGCGAGGACAUCUAUCGAUCUCCGAGCACCGGCAAUUCUGGUGGUGGAGGCGGUGGAGGUGGUGGUGGUGCGGGAGGAGGUGGCCGACACAGUGCCUGGCAGUCGCACUGGCUCAACAAGGGUGCCGACUCGGCGAAGGAUGUGUUGAAGUGUGUUUGGUGCAAGCAGAGUUUCCCUUCGCUGGCCGCCAUGACAACGCACAUGAAGGAGACGAAGCACUGUGGCGUUAAUGUGCCUCCUGGCGGUGGCGGAGGCGGCUCGGGUGGACACGCUCAACAACCGAUUCCACCACCGGCCCAGGGUGGCAACAACAUGGGUGGUUCGGGGGGACAGAGUGGUCAAGGGCACGGUACGGCGUCAAAGCCAUCGCCAAGCGAACUCAACAUGCUCAUCAAAGAGACGAUGCCACUGCCGCGGAAGUUGGUGCGCGGUCAGGACGUUUGGUUGGGCAAGGGUGCGGAACAGACGCGUCAGAUCCUGAAGUGUAUGUGGUGUGGUCAGAGCUUCCGCACGUUAGCUGAAAUGACGGCGCACAUGCAGCAAACCCAGCACUACACCAACAUCAUCUCACAGGAGCAGAUCAUCUCGUGGAAGUCAUCCGAUUCGGACAAGUCAAGUGGUGGUGGUGGUGGUGGGGCUGGAGGCGGUCCUGCUGGAGCUGCGGGAGGCGCAGGUCCGAGUGGUGGCGCAGGACCGAACGGUGGAGGAGCUGGAGGGGGUGGUCCGGGUGGUGCUGCGAACGCGGCCGCAGCUGCACAAACAAACAGUCACGUCAGCGCCGUGCUAACAUGCAAAGUGUGUGAUCAAGCGUUCUCCUCGCUGAAGGAACUCAGCAAUCACAUGGUGAAGAACGCACACUACAAAGAGCAUAUCAUGCGAUCGAUCACCGAGAGUGGCAGUCGUCGGCGGCAGACUCGGGAAAAGCGCAAAAAGUCUUUGCCGGUACGGAAGCUGCUCGAGAUGGAGCGUGCCCAGCACGACUACGGCAAGAACGGAGCAGAUACUGGUCCGAACUCUGCCGCGGCCGCUGCAGCCGCUGUCGCAGCGGCCGUCAAUGCCGCCAACAAACCGCUGCGAGAUCUCGGUGCGGGUAAGAUAAGCUGCGAGAAAUGUAACGAGAAAAUCGAAACCACCAUGUUUGUCGAUCACAUUCGGCAGUGCAUCGGCGGAACGGCUUUGCUGGCCGCUCAGCAACAGCGUGAUAAGCUGAAGAGCGCUCUGCUCUCCAACACCAUCAUCCCACCCGACUCGAUCUCACCCGUUACGCCGACUGGACGCGAUGGUCGCAAGAGCGUUAGUGACGACUUAGCAUCUCCACUGUCAUCCCAGAAGUCACCGCUCGGUUCGGACCUACUGUCGCCGGUGUCAAUGCUGACCAAGAAGGAUGGUAAUGGUGGCGGGGGAGGUGAAAAGAGUUCCUCCCCUUCGGUGCUGAACGCCAUCGAGCAGUUGAUCGAGAAAAGUUUCGAUACGCGAUCGCGCCACGGAGGUUCGAACUAUUCCGGCAGUGGCGGUGGUGGAGGCGGUGGCCAAAGUUCAACGCCGCUUGGGUCCAGCAUCCUGAAGCGGCUCGGCAUUGACGAGAGUGUAGACUACACCAAACCGCUGGUCGAUCCGCAGACAAUGAAUCUCCUGCGAUCGUACCACCACCAACAGCAGCAGGCACAGUACGCUUCGCAACAGUUUGGUCGCCGCGAGCGUAGUGGCAGUGAGUCCAGCUCCAUCUCAGAGCGCGGCAGCAGUCGCAUGAAUUCGUUGACGCCCGAGAAAAAGUUCGACACCCCGAGCCAUUCCACACCGCGCGGAACACCGGACAAACCGUACUCGGAGCAGUCCGACCAUCAUCACCCAGAUGGGUCCGAUCUUCACGCGCAACCACCGAUCAAACGAGAACUGCACAGUGACGACGAAUCGCCGGAGGCUGAAACCAAACCGGCAGCCGAGCAAGGCAAGAUCCGCAUCAAGAAAGAGCUAAUGCCAGAGGAGGGCGAUGAUCACGAAACCGAUCACGAGAUGCGGCCACCGAGCAAGGCCCAGCAUCGGGAUGAUCGCGACGAUCAAGAACCACCGAGACGGAGCAGUGUUGCAUCGAGCCCUGCACCCAGUCCACGGCUCUCCACGGCCAGUGUACCGCUGAGUCCAGCAGCCAGCCCACUCAGUGACCAUCAUUCCAUCGCUUCCCGGUCAACGCCGGGCGCCGGCGACUGUAGCUCGAAAAAGUCAUCCAACGUCAGCAACAGUCUCGGUGCACUCUCGUCCAUGUUCGACAGUUUGACCGGUGCGGGCAGUGGCUCAACCGGUGGCGGUGAUGCUGCAUCCUCCGGAGGUUCUGGAGGCAAAAAGUCGAGCGCCCAUCCGUUGGCCGCCCUGCAGAAGCUUUGUGAUAAGACGGAAACACCUUCGGCUGGCGGUGGAGGUCGUGGUAGUUCGAGCAGCUCUGCACUGCUCGCAGCCACUACCAACAGUUCCGGGUCGCGAACGGCUCCUGGGGCCAUCCUGGCAUUUAGCUGGGCCUGCAACGAAGCCGUCGUGUCGGAGGACGUUGCCGGCGGCACGAUCAAGUGUGCGUACUGUGAUACAACGUUCGGUUCGAAGGGAGCCUACCGGCACCAUCUAUCCAAAGCGCACUUCGUGAACGAUGAUGUCAUUCCGGACCCGAAGGUUCCGGGUGGUGGGCCGGGCGCCCUAUCUCUGGCCGCAACCAGUGGCGCACAGUCACUUAAGACACGUUCCUCACCCGCGCCGAACUCACCCAAAUCGACCGGUUCGACUGCACCGCUGUCACUCGUGACCGGAUCCUCGACGGGAUCUUCAUCCUCAUCAGCCUCAUCCACCGGUCGGGAGAGUGUGGAGCGCCGCGUUGGCCAUGAGUCGGGAAAUGGACCUUCGUCGGCCAAAAGCCCACCACCCUCACAGUCGCCCGCGUUCGAUGAAAGUCCUCACUCCAAGUUCCUCAAGUACACUGAACUAGCGAAGCAACUUUCGUCCAAGUACGUCUGACACUCUUAAGGCUUUCGUGUCGAUAAAGCCUUCCUCCGUGUGUGUGUGUGUGUGUGACGAGUGCGCGAAGCAGGAAGCAGAAAGUGCGAAAUGAGAUCAAUCCGCGAUCGAGUGCACGCGCGGAAGAAAAAACAAAAUGGUGAUCGUUCGGUGUUUCGUUCGACGAUCGCCCGAUCGCUUUCGUUACACCUUCUUCGUACUCCCGUGGAACGGACCACCCUUCACCGUAACCAGUGAGUGUGCUGGUGAAUCUUUCGUCCCGUCUUAUGCAGAUUACUCAUGAACAAGAUCAUACGCACACACCCAUACACAUAUCCUUCGGGUGUUCACGUCGUCGGGUCAGCGGGGAAAAACAUGGUGGCACGCGAGUAGCAGCUCGAUUUGGUCAGUUGAAAAAAGGCAAUUUAAAGGUAAACUAUAGUCAACUUAAACAGCAACAUGGUUAUACGAAAGCAAAGAAAUACGAAAUAUGAUGAAACAGCCGUAGCGCUACGCUUGUAACACGCGAAAAGCAAAUUCAAUUUACUCUGAAAUUUGGUAUACGUAAUUUACACAAACACACCCACACCCACACUCAUACACAUUGAAAUGUUUACGACAAAUUUAAUAUGCCCAAAAUUGCAUUUUGGGAAAACGAGACAAAUUGUUGUUCAGCAAAAACAAAAGCCCCAAUUCGUUUGAGUAUACGGUAGAGGGAGGAAAACAUAUUAUACGCAGAAGCUAAAGCUCUUGUUUCCCCCAUUCAGAAACCCAUAACAGCAAAGCAAAACAAAACACAAGCUAAUAUAAAACAAAAUUUACAAAG